UUUGGAGUGACGUGGAGAGACAUGCAUGUUUUACGCGCUGAGCCGUGCCACUGGCUCGCUGUGGUCUGUGGAUGUCUAUAACGCGCUCCUUAUCCAAAGGGAUGGAUUCAUGGAUCAGGCCUUGAUGAAGCAGAUCAUUUCACCAUGGUGAAACUGGCCAAUCCCUUGUACACAGAGUGGAUUCUUGAGGCUGUUCAGAAGAUCAAGCGGCAGAAGCAGCGACCCUCGGAAGAGCGGAUAUGCCACGCCGUGUCCACGUCUCACGGACUGGACAAGGACAGUGUUCUGCAGCAGCUGGAUCUGGCUGUGAAAGAUGGAUCCAUUCUUAAGGUCACUAGCAAAGGAUGUGCUUCGUACAAAGACCCAGAUAACCCUGGGCGGAUCGCGCCGGUCAGGCCGGGAGGGCUUUUGUCCCCGGGGGCGGGAUGUGUGUUGCCGGCCGGAGACCUCCGGCAUGUGGACUGGAAUAGGGUGCUGAGGCGGGCUAUCGAGGGUCUCGCCGUUCCUGCUGGUUCUUCUCUGAGAAACAUUGAGCGUUUCCUGAGGCGUCAGAGUGACCUGGUUAACGUUGUAGCGAACCCAAAAUUCCAGCAGAGGCUGAGACUGGCAGCCAAACGGGCAGUGAAUACCGGAAGGCUGCUGAAGGAUGGGCCACUGUACCGGGUCAGUAACGGACAAAUGGGAGGAAGGGAGUCCAUAAGGAGUGCAGGGCCUUUUACCCUUGACCUUCCACCUGUAACACUUCUCCCACACGAGAAAGAUCAGCCGCGUGCUGACCCCAUACCAAUAUGCAGCUUCUGUCUGGGCACGAAGGAAUCCAACCGGGACAAGAGGCCAGAGGAGCUGCUGUCCUGCGCAGACUGCGGGAGCAGUGGCCAUCCAUCGUGUCUGAAAUUCUCUGCUGAUUUGACUCUGAAUGUCAAAGCUCUUCGAUGGCAGUGCAUUGAAUGCAAAACGUGCAGUUCCUGUCAAAUUCAAGGCAAAAAUGCUGAUGAGAUGCUGUUCUGUGACUCGUGUGACCGUGGCUUUCACAUGGAGUGUUGUGACCCACCCCUCUCCAGAAUGCCAAAAGGAUUGUGGAUCUGCCAAGUAUGUAGGCCAAAGGAGCAGGGGGAGAAAGUAUCGUUACACAGAACAGCAGCCCAGAUCAAACAACGCUACGCAAAGCCAGGAAGGCCCAGGAAAACUCUCACACGUCCAGUAAUGUACGAAGACUCCUCUGAUACACAGGCUUUCCCUCUGAGUCUCAGGGCAUUGCCCUGUCAUGUACGUGAUCAGAGAAGCCCCUCUUCGUCUAACGUGCCCCUCCCAGAAAACAGGAGCCCCGUCGACCCCCUCACCUCUACCCCCACCUCUCUCUCAUCCCUCCCCAGGCUGCCCCCCUUCAACAAGAAAACCAAAGGCCUCAUUGACGGGCUCUCAAAGUUUUUUACGCCGUCUCCCAUUGGCCGGCGGCUCCGUGGUGAAUCGUCAGAUUCCCCGGAGCAGCGCAGGCCGAGGAAAAGGAAGUACAGGAAACGGAUCUGCGACCCUAAUCCUGGUUUGGCCACACCGGGUACUGGCCAAAGGCUAACGGCCCCGUCCCGUGCGCUUACGACCUCCUCCCCUUCACCGGGACCCAGCCGCCCUUCGCCGAACCCCAGACUCUCACCAUCGCCGCCUUCUGCUCAUUCCCCGCAGAGCUCGUCGUCCCAGUCCAGCGUCCGCUCGCUCAGCAGCCUGCCCGGCAGUAACCAGCUGAAGGGCUUGUUUGACGGACUCUCUCACAUCUACUCUACUCAGGGACAGUCGCGAAUAAAGGGACUCCCCAGCUAUGCACCGCCGAGGCGGGCACGACGCGGCCGGGACCCCUCCUUUGCACCCAGAGCACCCCUGCAGCUCCACGGCAAUGCCACGGCCAAGGGGUUCAAUAGCAAGCUGGUGUCUUUCUCCAGUUCGUCACCAUCAGGUUGGGUCCCCAAGAGAGGUCGGCCCUUCAAGACCUCCCACCAUUUCAAACGACCUCCCUUCUUGAAAAAGCACAGGUUUCUGGGUAGUUAUAAGGUCAAGGUGUCCAACCACAAGGGGAACCCCACACUGGGGAAACACAACUCAGCGCUCGGAGUUGAGCCUGAUCAGAAACAUGCCUUCAGCACGGCGAAAGGUCCGAAGAGAGAGUGCGAAAAACCUGUGGCUCUAGCUGAUGACGUUGUAACAGAAGAAGAUAUGAAGAUCUUCAGACAAGUCCAGGAGCUCUCGAUACAGGAAACGGGUGUUGGUGGUGAGGCUGAUGGAGGACAGCGCCCUGUAGUGAUUGAGUUUGGCAGGUUUGAGAUCCAGGCAUGGUACUCUUCACCUUACCCUCCAGAGUACUCAAGGUUGUCGAAGCUUUACCUGUGUGAGUUCUGUCUAAAAUAUAUGAAAACCCGGAACAUUCUGCAGAGACACUCGGAGAAAUGUGGAUGGUUUCACCCCCCGGCUAAUGAGAUUUACAGAAAAGAAAACCUCUCUGUCUUUGAGGUUGAUGGAAAUGUAAGUCGAAUAUACUGCCAAAACCUCUGCUUGCUGGCCAAACUUUUCCUGGACCACAAGACGCUUUACUACGAUGUGGAGCCUUUUCUUUUCUACAUCCUCACCCAGAAUGAUGAAAAAGGCUGUCAUCUUGUUGGCUACUUCUCAAAGGAAAAGCUGUGUCAGCAGAAGUACAAUGUCUCCUGCAUCAUGAUUAUGCCUCAGUACCAAAGGCAAGGAUUUGGCCGCUUCCUCAUUGAUUUCAGUUACCUGCUGUCCCGACGGGAGGGCCAGGCUGGCUCCCCAGAGAAGCCGCUGUCAGAUCUGGGUCGUCUGUCGUACAUUGCUUAUUGGAAGAGUGUCAUUCUGGAAUACCUGCACAGGCACCCGGACAAGACCGUCAGCAUCCGCGGCAUGAGCCGUGCCACGGGCAUGUGUCCACACGACAUUGCCACUGCUCUCCAGCAGCUCAGCAUGAUUGAUGUGCAGGACGGCAGGUAUCGGAUUAUACGUAGGAACCAGCUGAUCCAGAGACACAUGGAGAGGCUGAGAACGAAGCCUCGCCAGUAUGAGGUUGACCCAGAGUACCUGCGCUGGUCUCCUGUGCUGCCUGUCUGCACCAGUCAGUCCCAUGAUACUGAGGAUAAAGACUGCACUGCCUCAUCCAGUAAAGAUGAACCUGUGAAGUUGUACACAGAGAUGGCCUCUAACAGGAGACCUCCACGAACUAAGAGUCAGACGUAUAGCAGGUCUCUCGACCCUUUCCCUCCUGCUGGUGUGGAGCAGAACGUAGAUGACAGCGAAGACAGCAGCACUGAUGAAGAGGAGGAGGAUGACGAUUCACUCAAACCCCAGGGACUCAAACGAAAGAGAGCGCCUUCCCUACGACGGAAGAGAGCCCGGAGAAGACAACGCAUCAACAGCAGCGUAACCACAGAGACAAUCUCAGAGAGGACAGAGGUGCUGGAUGAACCUUUUGAGAAUUCUGAUGUUGAGAGCCCUUUGCCACGGGUAGCACGCUCACACAGGAUUGUGGACAGUGAGGAUGAGGAGAUGAUGAAGACUCUUGGACAGAAAGAAAAGGGGCAUAGAGAAAACAAUCAGUCAGAUCGUCACAGGGAUCAAGAGAGAGCACAAGAUGCACUGAAAAAAGACAAUCCUCGGCCAGUCAGGCGAAAGAAAGGUUGGCCCAAAGGGGUGAAGCGUGGACCUCCAAAAUGGAGACUGAAGAGAGAGAGGAAGCUGGGCUUUAAACUCAAUCUCUACACACCACCAGAGACUCCCAUGGUCAGUGUAGAGCAGGAGCUAGAAGAGGAGUGUGUUAAGAGCCCUGUCUUGGACCAGGAGGAUAGUGAGUCCUCUAAAGAGCGCGAGGCUGCAGAUCAUGGGCUUGACACUCUGCCCCCUGAGGCCUGUAGCCCUGAGCACUGCAUUACACUGGAGGACAAGCCUCCAAACAAACCUGACCAUGAAGAAGAUUCAAAUCCCAGUCAGGAAAUGACACCUGAUCCCACAGAACACAGCCACGAUUCCCCUGAGGGCUCCACCGAACAGCAGAAACCACUGCAGUCAGAGGAGCGAGCAUGCAGAGCUGGGAUGGUGGAACGGGAGGACGAAGAGGAGGAUGAGGAGGAACCUCAGCCUGUGCGUGUGGACGAUCAUGAUGCAGAUGAUGAAGACGACGGUCAUGCGGAAUCCUCUGAACAGAAGAAAGAGGAUGGUGGAUUGGCUCCAGAGAAAGCGCCUCCUGAUCCCUCUGAGCAGACAGUAAACCUCAGCAAUAAUGUGGAGGAGCAGAGUCCUGAGGAUGCUCCUCUACACUGCGUUGGAGACACUGGAUCAGACAGAGGCCUUGCUAGUGUGGAUGUCCAUCCUAACACCAUGGACUCUGACCAUCAGCCUGAUUCUGAAUCAGAUGAGGAGGACAACAAUCAGCACUCUGACCAAAAGGACAUGGGUCCCUUGACUCCAUCCAUGAAAGAGGACCAUGGGAUUUGCCCUGAGAUUGAUAUGGAGACUGCACAGGCAGUUCAGUCCCUCACACAGGAGACUGAGCAGGACAGGCACUUCCAGGACUGUGUGGAGACUCAGGAGGCCUGCCGCAGCCUGCAGAGGUAUGUCCAAGUUGACCAAAGUCCUCAAAUGACCCCAAUGGAUGAGUGCCAGCAGUCAGACCACAGCAGCCCACUGUCCUCUGCCCACUCCCACCCAAGCCAGUCUGUGCGGUCUGUCAGUAGUCCUGCCGUCUCCAUCCUGGAGAACAGCUACACACAGAUCAGCCCGGAUCAGGGCGCCAUCUCUGUUCACUCACUCCACAACAACAUGGAGACCAGUCCCAUGAUGGAUGUUCCCUCGGUCUCUGAUCAUUCCCAACAGGUGGUGGACAGUGGUUUCAGUGACCUGGGGAGUAUUGAAAGCACCACAGAGAACUAUGAAAACCCCAGCAGCUAUGACUCCACGCUGGGCGGCAGCAUUUGCGGCACGGGAGCUGGUGCAGGCACCUCCUCUCAGAGCAGCUGUUCCUAUGGCAACAUCUCUUCCGGCAGCGGGCACGGGCAGAGCAGCUGUGCGGUGUCCCAGCAGAUGGCCGGGCCUGUGGUGAACAGCACUGCCGUCUGCAGCAUGCUCCAGCAGAACAGCAUGAGUUCCCCACAGGGAUGUGGAGUUAAGUCCCCACAAGGCUGUGUCAGUGACAGGCAGGCCAAUCAUGGACACCACCACAACCAUCACCAGCACCACACACAUCAACACCAACACCAUCAGCACCAGCAGCCACUAUCUCACUGCUCCAUGUCGGCAAGCUUCCCCCCGUCCAUGCAGCUGCCCGACAUCCCAGAGUCCAGUAACCCCUCCACCAACCUGGGACUGUAUGAGAGAAUGGGGCAGGGCGAGUAUGGGGGAGGACACUAUCCACAUUCUUCAGCUACAUUUAGCCUAGCCAAGCUCCAACAGCUAACCAACACACUUAUGGACCCUCAUUCUCUUCCCUUCAGCCACUCUGCGUCUCACCCAAUCACAUCCUAUGCAAGUAACUCUGGCUCACUAUCCUCACAGCUUGGUCCUCACAACCCCACUCUGGUGUCUCUGUCCCAACCUCCACAUUCAGUCACAGGUGGAGGUCCUCAGACCCAGGCCACCAUGACUCCACCGCCUAACAUGACUCCUCCACCCGUGAUGCUGCAGCGCAACAUGGCUACAUCAAACAUGAGCCUUCCUCCUUCCCAGAGACUACAGACACAACUGGCUCCCAAAAACCACCACCACUCUGUCUCCAUGUGCUCCAAAUCAGCAUCACUGCCUCCUCAUCACCACCAGCAGCAGAUCUACAGCCGCACAGCCCAGACUGUGGCCAUGCAGGGCCCGGCCAGGACGCUGGCCAUGCCGACACGCAUGAACAUGGGUGUAAACCUCAUGCCUGCUCCCACCUAUAACGUCAACUCUGUGAACAUGGCUCCUCUUAACGCCAUGAACACAUACAGGGUCACGCAGCCCAUGAUGAACAGCAGUUACCACGGCAACCCUGCUUACAUGAACCAGACUCCACAGUACUCUAUGCAGAUGGGCAUGAUGGGAUCCCAGCCGUAUCCACAGCAACCCAUGCAGGCUCCUCCCCAUGGCAAUAUGAUGUACAGUCCAGCAGGUCACCAUGGUUACGUGAACACUGGCAUGUCAAAGCAGCCUAUCAAUGGGCCUUAUAUGAGACGAUGAUGCAACGACCCGCAGACUGACACGGUCGAACAACCAACCAGACGACUUGCUCAGUUCCUCUAUGGUUUUGUUUGACUUUGUUGUUGAUUAUAAUGCUUUUGUGGAUUUGGAGUUUUUUAUUUGUUUGUUUUAUUUGGGGUGGGGGCCCAGCACUUGGUAAAAAAUGCAAAAAACAUUUUGUGUUAUGGCAAAAUUUUAGCCGUUUCCUUUUUUUCCUGUUUAAGGGAAGCCUUACAUGAUCAGAGCAUCUGUAACAUAUGUGUGUGAUUUUCGCUGAUGCGUUUUUUUUAGUUUUGCGGAGUGUGCGGUUUU